CCUCUGAAUUCUGUUUGCUUAGGAGUGCUGAUAAAUAAAUAAAGUCUGCUCUGAGCGCUGCACAGUUACCUAGCAGCUACUGGAGGAGUCAGGCACCCAGGGCGCCAAGAAUAGAUAAGUGAGGUGGGACUGGAUUUUCUGCUUUCCUUCUGCAAGGAGAGCUCUAACUGCUGCAGGAACUGUCUUUGUCCUUCGCUUGUAAGGUGCAUCUCCUAUGUACAUACUGGGGCUACAAUGAGAUACAGUGAGGUGACUUGUGCAUCUGAAGGCUGGAACUGAGCUACAGUGCGGAGUAUUCCCUAUUCACCCCGCUGUAAGAUUAGAAACAGAGCGAGUUGCUUUUCUUAUUCACCUGGGUGCCUGAAUUACACAAAGUGAUGCACAUUGCUACAAACAGUAGCUGACGUUGGCCCUGUAAAUCCUCACAAAAAGCUACAAGGAGCAGCGUGACCAUCUAUCCAUUCAUUGAGCCAGAGGAAGCUAAGUCACCACCGUAUCUGAGGUCAGAGGUGCGGAGGAGGAAUUGCUGAGCUAUGUGAGAUGCGGUGCAGGAAUGGCAGCUUGCUGACUAUACUGUGCCUGUCUGCUUUCCUCUCCUUCUCCUGGUACACAUCAUGGUACAGAGAAAAAGGAAAUGAAAUAGACACAUAUGAAAAACAAUUUCUGGAACUUCAGCAAAGGCUAUUUCAUGCAGAGCAAGAAAAUCAAAAGCGAUCUCGGGAUCUGAGCACUGUGUUGGACGAAAUUAAACGAGCGGUAGCAGAAAAGAGAAACGCUUUUGAGAAUCGCACAGUUGAAGAGAUAAAAUGGAAUUUUUUGAAUAUGAGCAACAAGCAGCCCUUUCAGUUUACAAAUAUCUAUAUGUUUCUACCUCAUUUGCUGGGACAUGAAGACAGCCUACAGCCAAAUAUACUCUAUGGCCAUGGAAGGACUGGAGUGUCCAUAGUUUUUGGAAUUCCAACAGUGAAGAGAGAUAAACAGAGUUACCUAAUGGAUACUCUAACAUCCCUUUUUACCGAGCUGUCGGCCAGUGAAAAAGAAGACUGCGUGGUGGUUGUCUUUAUAGCAGAGGUUAAUGAUCAGUACGUGGAUAGUCUUGCUAACAGUAUAAAAGAAAGGUUUCCCCGUGAAAUUCAGUCUGGUGUCCUUGAGGUCAUCGCUCCUCCAACAUUCUAUUACCCAGAUUUUAGCAAUAUUAAGGAAACCUUUGGGGACUCCAAAGAGAGAGUAAGGUGGAGAACAAAACAGAAUCUAGACUACAGUUUUUUAAUGCUUUAUGCACAGCCCAAAGGAGCAUAUUAUUUACAGCUCGAAGAUGACAUUGUUGCAAAACCACAAUUUUUCCAGUUCUUAAAAAACUUUGCUACCCAACAAAGUUCAGAUGAUUGGAUGAUACUUGAAUUCUCUCAGCUUGGAUUUAUUGGAAAGUUGUUUAAAUCUAAAGACCUGCCAUACCUUGCAGAAUUCUUCUUAAUGUUCUACAAAGAUAAACCUAUAGAUUGGCUCCUUGAUCACUAUCUGUGGGUAAAAGUUUGCAACCCUGAAAAAGAUGCUAAACACUGUGACAGACAGAAGUCCAGCCUACGUAUCCGAUAUCGCCCAUCUCUGUUUCAGCACAUAGGCACACAUUCUUCACUAGCUGGAAAAAUACAGAACUUAAAGGAUAAAGACUUUGACAAAAAAGUUUUAUACAAGGCGCAUAUGAAUCCUCCAGCAACGGUUAGCACAAGCCUUAAGGUUUACCAACAGUACACAUUGGAAAAAGCAUAUCUUGGGCAUGAGUGCUUUUGGUCAUUCUCUCCUGUGGCUGGGGAUUAUAUUCUGUUCUCCUUUGAUGCACCUUUGCAAGUUUAUGGGUACCUGUUUAGAAGUGGAAAUAUUGAACAUCCAGGUGAUAAAUUGUUCAACACUACAGUGGAGGUUUUACCUGAAGAGAGCAACCACAUUGUAGAUGGGCAUCAGAAAGAUGAAGACGAGUUCAUGCGAAUAGGAGUGUUUGAGAACGGCAUGGCAGAAGGAGCGAUCAGCCCAUCUAUAGGGAAAAUUAAGGCAAUACGUUUAAAGAUUCUUACAGAAUCCCCUGUCUGGGCAUUGAUAAGUGAGAUUUUCAUAAAAAUGAAGAAAUAGCUUCCCAGUGCCUAAAUGCUUUGAAGAGACUGCCACCUACUGGUGCUUUACAUAACUGAUCCAGGGAAUAUCGCAGCACCAAAAACCAAUGAAGGAAACUAUAAUAUAGAUAAUGUUCUAUUUUUAAUAAAGUAAUUUAUGAUUUAGGGAUUUUUUUAAAUAGACUUUAAAUAAAAUUAUUGUUGAGGAUUUGUUUUAUCAUUAAAGUGAAUGUCAAUCUUAGCGUUUUACAAACACUAGGACUGACUAUGGAAACAAAGGGGACUUUCAUUCAUGAAGUAUCAACAUUUUUAGCUGCUACAGCAGC